AUGAUUUCAUCGUCAGAGAUGACGGUGACGGCAGCGGAAACUGAGCUGCCACCGGCGCCGGAAAUAGUUACAGCCAUGGCAACGGAAACCGAGCGGGCGAGGGAAGUGGAUGACGAAGAGGAGAAAAUUCUCCGCCAAAAGAAGCUUGAAGAAGCUCUCGAAGCCAAAUCUCUUCGCCGCAUUAUCAGUGCUUACCUCAAUUAUCCGGAGGCUUCAGACGAGGACCUGAAAAAAUGGGAAAGAUCGUUUAGGAAGCUGUCUCCUGCUCACAAGGCAUUGGUGCCUCAUUACCCUUUGAAGUUUCAGAGAUUAAGAAGGUGUAUAUCGGCGAAUUCAUAUUUCAUAUUUAAUAUGCUUCAGGCUUUUGAGCCGCCUAUAGACUUGAGUCAAGAUCUUGAUGGUUGUGAAGACUCAAAUCUUGACUGUGCUCCAAAUGAGAAGUACAUAUUAGAUGGAAGGCACGACUCUUCUUGUCAGCCUGCCUUGACGAAUAAUUGUACAUAUCAGGAAGAAAGUAAAAGCAUGCGUGACUCGGACGUUCAGAGGAAGGAUGCUAAUGAUCAUUCCCCCAAGAAUGAAUCUGCAGACAUAAGAAUCAAUGAUAAGACAUGUGGUUGUGAUGGAGACCAUUUAAAUCACGACCAUGGCAGUGCGUCGUUGUCAUCUCAUGAUUGGUUGGACCCAUCUUUACAGACACAUGUUCCUCUGGUUGAUGUAGAUAAGGUUCGUUGUAUAAUAAGGAAUAUAGUUCGAGACUGGGCAGCAGAGGGUCAGAGAGAACGAGAUCAAUGCUACAAGCCUAUUCUUGAAGAGCUUGAUUCCUUGUUUCCUGAUCGUCAGAAAGAGAGCACCCCUCCAGCAUGUUUAGUCCCUGGUGCUGGACUUGGACGACUAGCCCUUGAAAUUUCUUGUCUAGGUUUCAUAAGCCAAGGAAAUGAGUUUUCAUACUACAUGAUGAUUUGCUCAAGUUUUAUUCUGAAUUACGCACAAGUGCCUGGUGAGUGGACAAUAUACCCCUGGAUACACAGCAACUGCAACUCCCUCUCAGACAAUGAUCAAUUACGCCCUGUUUCGAUUCCCGAUAUUCAUCCUGCAAGUGCAGGAAUAACAGAAGGUUUCUCUAUGUGUGGCGGUGAUUUUAUUGAAGUGUACAAUGAAUCAAGUCACGCAGGAACGUGGGAUGCAGUUGUGACUUGCUUUUUCAUCGACACGGCUCAUAACAUCAUUGAGUACAUCGAAACCAUAUCCAAGAUCUUAAAAGAUGGAGGAGUUUGGAUAAAUUUAGGACCUCUGUUGUAUCACUUUGCUGACACAUAUGGCCACGAAAAUGAAAUGUCAAUCGAGCUAAGUUUAGAGGAUGUAAAGAGAGUUGCUUCACAGUAUGGGUUCGAGAUUGAGAAAGAAAGAACAAUUGAAACAACGUACACUACAAAUCCCCGGUCUAUGAUGCAGAACCGAUACUAUGCUGCCUUCUGGACAAUGAGGAAGAAAUGUGCAAAAUAA